CUAGUCAUCGAGUUACACAAGCAGAUAAGACCCGUUCCAGGAAGGGUUACGAGUGGCUGGCUUGGUGCUAAGGACGGUGACGACGGGUGAAGCACUGACAAGGACAGUACCGGUGACAGUAGCCCAAGUUACUGUCCAACAGCAACAACUGCAUGGUUAUUCCCCACCGCCUGGCUCUCCUUCACCCCCACCUGUAACUACCAACCGGUUCGUGGCUCUCCCCACACACACCUGUCAAGACAAUAGGUGUCAUUCUGCAGGUACAAGUACGCUCCACCUGUCUUACCUCCACACAAAACACUAAUAUUCUCCCUCCAGCACCGUCGCCUGACAUUUCCUUCCCGAGUAUUGGCAAGACAUAUGUCUGCGACCGUAACUGGUUCUCACGGAGCAGUUCCUGAUACCACCGCAUAAAACAGCAUCGCUCUUUUUCUUUCCAGCAUCAUACCAAGAAGUUCGUUUGACAAGUUUUACCAGAAGGGUUCUGCAACUACCACCAGGGUCAGUACCACUACUACCACCAGCGUAGCCACCACCACACUCAAGGGACACCAUGCCAGCACCAGGACUUCACACCCUCUACCUGGUCUUAGCGGCACUCUCCGGUCUGACGCAGGGAGCACCAGUCACCCACGGCAUGAUCGCCUUCGACGAGCUAUCAUCCUAUUGGGAAGCAGACAUUUUGCCAGAUAAAUUUUUACCCAAGUUGGUGAUGGGUGACAACGCUCGCCUGUGGCCAGGCGGGAACCUCCUGUACAGGCUCGACUACGAUGUGGAGAACAACACUUACGUGACGGACAUCAUCAAGGCAGCCAUAGAGAAGAUCAACGAGGCGCGGUGUGUGAGUGUAACGGAGGUGGGUAAUCAGGCUGAGGAUUACGUCUCCGUGCAGCUGGGGCUGGACUUCUCGUCCCACGUGGGCAGGCAGGGCGGGGUCCAGGUCCUCACCGUGCCCAAAGACCAGAUUGACAUUGGCUCUACCAUGCACGUCUUACUGCACGCCCUCGGGUUCGGACACGAGCACAACCGGGAGGACAGGGACGACUACGUCACAGUCAACAUGACCAACGUCAAGGAGGCCGCCCGCAACUACUUCACCAAGUACACGUGGAGCAGCGGGUACGUGAGUGACGGCCUCAUGUACGACUACACCAGCAUUAUGCACUCCACCAACGUCCACGACAUAAAAGUCAACGUAGACAUUACCAAACCUGUCAUCUGGAGGAACGACGGUGGAGAAGAGUUGGGACAGAGGUCCAAAUUGACAGAUUUGGACAAGCAGCGCCUGCAGCUGGCUUACAGCUGCCACACCUGCGAGCUUCCUGGUCACGAUGGUUUGAUGUUCCGGUACCCUGGGGACUGCAAAAAGUUCUACCAGUGUUCUAACACCAUCACAUAUGUUAUGGACUGCCCAGCCGGACUUCACUUCAGCAUUCUUAAAAAUUAUUGUGACUAUCCAGUGCUCGCUAACUGCACCUCCGCUUUACAGUAAAGUGCAGGUGACUUCACAACCCGUUCUCCUGAAUAGCACAUAGCAUUUUGACAUAGAAUUUCCCUAAGGCCAAAAACUGGUGUACUAAUAAAGGCAGCGGCUCGCGAAAUUGACGUGAUGUCCCGAUGUGACGACUUAUACUGAAUUUUGUAGCUAGCUCAUCAAGAUUGUAACUUGCUUAGCUAAA